AUGGAGGUGAAACAGGUUGGCAUGAUAGGGACGGGUAGUAUGGGGAGCAUGCUCUCCCUCCUCUUCGCUGAACUCGGCAUUCACACGCACUUCUAUGAUCCGUCGAGUCAAAACGUCGAGGUGCUACAAUCGUACGCCCGCGAGACCGGCCACACGGACAAGAUCACCUAUCACAGCGAUCACAAGUCUCUGUGCGAGGCCCUCGGUGCUACUGGCGGCCCCAGAUUCUUCAUGUUCAGCAUCCCGCAUGGCGCAGCUGCUGACAAGAGCAUUGACGCGCUCGAGCCCUACCUGGAGGCGGGAGACCUCAUCAUGGAUGCCUCAAACGAGCAGUGGCAUGCUACGGAGCGCCGCCAGAAGCGCCUGGAGCCUAGGGGAGUCCAUUACAUUGGCAUGGGGGUUUCGGGCGGCUACCAAUCUGCACGUCACGGUCCGUCCAUCUCACCAGGUGGCAGCAAGGCCGCCUUGGACGCCGCCUUUCCGUUCCUGCAGAGGAUCGCCGCCAAGGACUGGUCAGGGCGGCCCUGCGUUGCCAAGCUCGGUCCUGGGGGGUCUGGCCACUAUGUCAAGAUGGUGCACAAUGGCAUUGAGCACGGCAUGAUGACAGCGCUAAGCGAGGCCUGGGCAAUCCUAGAUGCCGGUCUGACGAUGGACUACGAGGAGAUUGGAGACGUCUUCGAGAAGUGGAACACCGAUGGCCCCCUCCGUAACAGUUACCUCGUUGGCAUCGGUGCUCAGAUUUGCCGGACGCGGAAGCGUGGGGAUGGAGGUGACUUCGUCCUCUCCCAUAUUCGCGACAAGGUCGUUCAAGAUGUGGAUAACUCAGAGGGAACCGGGACCUGGGCCGUCGAGGAGGGUGUCACCUUGCACGUACCCCAUCCAACUAUUGCGGCGUCCCACAUCUUCCGGGUGGCUUCGGCGGAUGCUGCUAAGCGGGAAGCUGUCACCAAGACACUGGGUGGUGGGAUCGUGCCCAGCAAGAUUAAUGGCAUCAUCGACAAACGCAAGUUCGUUCAUGAGGAUUUACGUCAGGCGCUGUAUGCGUCCUUUCUCAUGUCAUUCGUGCAGGGCCUGCACAUUCUGUCGCGGGCGAACGAGCAGCACGACUGGCAGCUUAACUUUGUCGAUGUGCUCUAUGUCUGGCGACGGGGCUGCAUCAUCCAAAGCGACUACAUCGUGGCCUUGCUGGAGCGGGUGUAUCUUUCCGAGGAAUGCGACGAGCACAACCUGCUCGCAUGUCCGACCAUUGCAUCCGAGCUGCAAAACGCGUAUCUGAGCCUCAAGACGGUAGUCCAGCAAGCAUUGGAGGCGGACUUGCAUGUGCCCGCACUCAGUGCGAGCCUGGAGUAUUACAAGUACUCGGGUUCCGCGAACCUGCCCACUUCGUUUGAGGAGGCAGAGCUCGACUACUUCGGCGCUCACAUGUACGACUUAAAGACAGAGGGACCGGGGAAGCCUGAGACGGGUAGUCACCAUUUCGAAUGGAAGCCAGCGAGGGGGGUUCAGGAAGAGCAGUAA